GGCGGGCCAAACCUCUGCCCUUUUUGCGUGAGGGUGACUCACAGCUCCUGCCCCUUUUUGCUUUGCUUUCUCCUGCUCGUUCCUUGCACCACGUGCCCUCCUGGCCGCUCCCCCAGCUGCCCUUUCCAACUGCCUGUUGGAAGUUGCUGUAAAAUGUCGUGAGGGGCGCUAUCGCUUUACGGCUGCCUCUCCCAGGCUAGAGCCCGGGAGCGCCCACCGCCGUCAGCCCUGUCUCUAAGAGUCGGCCCGGCGGAGACGGAGAGACCCGGCUCGCCGCUCCACUCCCCCCCGCGCCCGUGCCGGCCCCCGGCAAUGUGAGCUCGAGGAGGCUGCGGUGCCCCCUGGCCCGGGGUUGAGACGGGCGGCAGGUGCCUGUGAGGCGGGCGGGUGCUGGGGGCCUGCAGGAUGGAGGAAAGCAUGGAAGAGGAGGAGUGGGGCAGCUACGUGGCGAUGAUGGACGACCAGAACCACAACAACUGGGAGGCCGCGGUGGACGGCUUCCGGCAGCCCCCGCCACCGCCGCCGCCCCCCUCGUCGAUCCCAGCCCCUGCGCGAGAGCCGCCGGGGGGCCAGCUUCUGGCGGUGCCCGCGGCGUCGGUGGACAGGAAAGGCCCCAAGGAGGGGCUCUCGAUGGGGCCGCCGCCACCGCCGGAGGCCAAUGGGGUGAUCAUGAUGUUGAAGAGCUGCGACACGGCCGCCGCUGUGGCCAAGGCGGCCCCCGCCCCCACCCCCAGCUCCACCAUCAACAUCAACACCUCCACCUCCAAGUUCUUAAUGAAUGUUAUAACUAUUGAAGAUUAUAAGAGCACAUACUGGCCAAAAUUGGAUGGUGCCAUAGAUCAGCUUUUAACCCAGAGUCCUGGUGACUAUAUCCCCAUAUCCUAUGAACAGAUAUACAGUUGUGUGUAUAAAUGUGUCUGCCAGCAGCACUCAGAACAGAUGUACAGUGAUCUGAUUAAAAAGAUAACUAAUCACCUAGAGCGAGUCUCAAAGGAGCUGCAGGCCAGCCCUCCAGAUCUCUAUAUUGAAAGAUUUAAUAUAGCUCUUGGACAGUAUAUGGGAGCAUUGCAGAGCAUUGUGCCUCUUUUCAUAUAUAUGAAUAAGUUUUACAUCGAAACCAAGCUUAACAGAGACCUAAAAGAUGACCUUAUAAAGCUGUUUACGGAACAUGUUGCAGAAAAGCACAUUUACAGCCUAAUGCCUUUACUUUUAGAAGCCCAGUCAACACCAUUUCAGGUCACACCUUCAACUAUGGCAAAUAUUGUGAAAGGCCUGUACACUCUCAGACCAGAGGUGACCAGUCCCGGAAAAGAGCUGGGGAUGAGUUGGCUUACAACAGCUCAUCAGCAUGUGCAAGUUCCAGAGGGUACAGAUAGUGAACGUGUUGAAUGUACUUUGCUUCCCGAAAGGAGGACACAGGAGCUGCAGAGACUGUAUCGGAGCACAGCGGGGGGCCUGCAGACACUCAGGAGCUCUGUCACGAAGUUGUUCUUGGAAGAGAAUGUUGGACUUCUUACUUUGGUUUGUAAUUUUAAAAAACAAAAAAACUAACAAAAACAAAACAGUCAGUUGCUGCUAGACUUGGGGAUGAUUUUGAAAUGGGACAAUCUUUUAAUGAGUUUAUCUACAGAUUCCGUGAGGAACAAGCGUCUUGAAAAGUGACCAUUGCUAAGGGAAAUGCAGCAGCCAACAUCAGCAGCUUCCUCCAAAAACAUAAGAGCAGAAGAAUCUUUUUUUUUUUUUUUUUUUUAAGCACUUGUUUUGUUCAUUUGUGGACUUGGCGUUGGCACUUCAGCAUAUUGGCUUUACACAUCAGGAUCUCUUUUACUUUAAAAUCAAGCAGAUCAUUACAGUACAGUGUUUUUCACCCAUUACCAAAACAGCCCCCUUUUAAAAGAGUUGGUCUUUGUUUAGCAUUAGAAUGUCUUGUUAAAGGAAAAUGCUAACUCGGCUUCUGCUGUAACUUUUCCCCUCACCAGUUCACAACUUUUUUCUACUCUGUGCCUUGAGCUUUGUGCACUUUGCAACUCUGUGACCAUGGUAUUCAACUCACAAAUGCUUCCUGAAAGUUUAUGGUAUCACAGACUAAUCCACUAAGCUGUCAGGUGUGACUUUGUAGCAGGAUGCUAAGUAAGUGGGAAAAUAGAAGCGUGUUGCUCAUUGGUCAGAUCUCCCUGCCUCACCGUGGCAUAUUCAUGUUAAUGUUGGGGACCAACUCUUGUAGAACAUAUCCAUUCCCUCUGUCACUUCACCUGAUUUCACCAGCUGCUGGAGUAUUGGCAUGAUGCUCGUGUUGGGGUGGGCUGUACUCAUAGCACUAAAGCUCCCGUUUUAGUAUCGAGAAUUUUCCAGGGGUAACAGCUAGUUACUGUGAUGCUCUAGGAAGCAGAUACGGUUAUUAAAUCCAAAUAUAAUAAUAGGUGUGGGCUUCCGGAUCCAUUUCAUUUUAAAUGGGUGAGAUAGGUACUUUAAAACAAAAGUCUGCCGUCUGCAUCUUUUUUAGCGUCACAUUCAAGUAUGAUAGUGAAGUAGCACUGCUGUUUCAAGCUUCCUUCCAGCUGUGACACAGCUGUUUGGUUUUUUCCCUACACCCACAGUGCUGUUUAGUUUCUUACAAAAGACUCUAAAGCUUAUUCUGGUAGUUUCUGGAAGGCAGAGAAAAAUAGAUGUGGCAGGUGAAAAUAUUUCUCUUCUCAAUUCUGCUUGACUCUAAAUUUAGCAUUAGUUUGGCUCUAUUUGGCUAUGUCACAAUAAUAUUUACCUCUUCAGAGAAUUUGGGGCAAAACAAGAUGUAUCAGGGAUAGUGUCACACUUCUGAUUGUCAGACUUUUAGUAGAUUUUUCUCUGCCAAUUCAGUUUGUCUUUUUUCGGAGCAGGCUGGAUGGGAGAGUUUGAAGUGUGAUGAUAGGAGCAAGGAAGUCAUCUAAUAGAAGUCCUCUAUUUGUAAAAUUACUGUUCUGAGAAGUAAAUGUAAAGAUUAUCAGGUUUAUUUUUUAAGUACUUAUCAACCAGAGUUGGUGGAUUUUGCAGAGGACUUUGAACUGGACUCGUUUAACUCUGAGCGUCUGAGAUUGUAUUGAUAAACACUGAAUUACUGUAAGACUAUAUACAGGAUCUCAUUGUGCCCUGUACAGGUUGAUUUGCUACCCCAGUAACAUUGUGGUGUCAAGGAAGAAUUCCAUUCUAUCAUGAAGUCCAAAUUUUACUUUUUGCCACGGAAUGCUUGCUGUGGACUUAUAAAUAACACCUGCGACUGACGUCUCUCCUGAGUGGUUUUAAUAGUACUUCUGAAGGGAAUAAAAUUGGGAUGUUUCUUUAAGUGUGGAUGAGUUCUUCAUUAUCCUAAUAAUGUGCCCAAAUGCUUUUUUCUGGGAGAGUCUUCUUUGGUCAACAAUGGAACUUUCUCUAUAAAAGCAUUGUAUUAUGAUGUGAAUUGGCAUUAAAAUCUUCGGAUGCUUUUGCAUUAUUAAGUUAAUGGAGAAAUGUUUUAUAUUGUCUUCUUUUUAUUAUUAUUAUGUAUGUGUUAACAAAAAGUGGGCAAAGAUUGCAAAAUUUAGUUUAAGUAUUUGCACAGCGACUGCAGCUCGCAGUGGGCCAGGGCUUGGUACUGCAAAGCCGCGAAUGGAAGGCACUGUAGAAAGAAUAUCCUCUCCUCCUAGUGCAUGUGACUUGGUUGUUACUCAUUUUGGUCCCUUGAGGUACAUUGCAGGAUGAAAAACCUAUUUCUUGAUUUUAAGUAGAAAUCGACCUUGUUUAUUUAAUUGGGUUUCUUAACAAAAUUCUUAGUUUACAACAUGAGAAGAAAUAAGAUUCGCCCUCCAUUUUGUAUUUGACUAAGCACGGUCAGCCAGAAAGUAUUUUCUUCUCAUGUUUACUUGUAUUCUUCUUGCCAGUACAGUAUCUAGUUUUUCCACCCUAGUCAAACCCUGGCUUCUGUGGGGCCCAAAUCACUGAGGACAGAAAAUUGUACAUUGAUUGUCUCAUUCGGCUACACGUAGUUGAUUCGGCGAGCCUGACUGGUGUGUACGUGCAGCGUGAAACUAGACUCUCCAGAAGCAAGCCAGCUCGGUCACCUUGGAAUAAUGACCUGUCAAAGUAAAUGAUGAUGCUUUUGAGAGACGGUACUUGCUUCAAAAGUUGGCCUUACGCUUCAGUAACAGUGUCCUCUCCUGGUCUCUGUUGUCAGAACUGCACCCUAACCUGACAGGAGCUACUGCUUUGUGUUCUGUGGGGCGGAAAGCAGAACUUGGUCGAGUGUGACUCUUAUCUAAUAGCUCUUAGGUAGGUGGAGAAGAAACACAAACCUGGAUGCAUGAGUUGUGCAUUAUUAAAUUUUGUAGGAAGGUUUUUUGGGUUUUUUUUUUCCUGUCCCUUUUACAAGUUUGGGGCAGUUCCUCUCCCUUACUUUGGGUGUAGGAUGGAAACUGAGUGGGAAGUGAGACGGCAGGAGAAUGGGCGCCUGUGGCGUUACUGCUGUGUGUGCGUCUCCGGCGCCCCAGCCCCGUAGAGCUGCCGCUCCCCUGGCUAUAGACGCCGUGCUUUCUGUCGGGUUGCAAAUUUGCACACAUGAAGAAUUGCUCAGGAAGUUUGCACAUGCAUCGCCUUGCAAUGUUCUGUACUGACCGAACAAGGGACUUGAACGUUUUUCAGCAGAAAAGGAGAACUUGGAGUGGUGGUCUGUGCACACGUGCUAGCAAAGGUCAUGGUGAUCUAGCAAACACGGUUGGUUUCUGCAGCAUCAAGUGAGCAGGGGCACUUGUAUCAUGGUAUCAAGUAAGCCUGUUUAGUCUCCAGUGUAGCCCUUCCAGAUUUUGUCUUCUUUUCUUAUUGAGACUGGCUGUAUUUUCUUCUGUGUUUUUUCUGUUUUAUGGCAGUUAAUUAUUUCCAUGAUUAUUACAGAGGCAUUGCCUUUGAGCUAAAAUUCAGUUGUUUAAUAAGCAGCUAUUAUUAAAAAUAACUGAACAUUGUUUUAUGAAUAUACACUAAUCUGAGAUAUUAAAACGUUUAAAACGAAGAAGCAAAACAAAAAACCUACAUUAGGUAUCCAGUCGGUUUGGAUGUUUUGAGCUGAUUUUUAAUUUUUUUUUAUGGUAUCUCAUUGCGCUUCAGAGUAUUAUGUUUACUUUACUCCAGGUCUAGGCCUCUUAAGGGGACUUUAAAAUGUAAGAUCAGAAUGUGAAUCCCUUGACUGACACCUAGAAUAGGUUUAUAGGACCUUUUCGGUUGUGGUUGCAGUUUUCAGUAAGAUUGCAUAAGAUGAAGUUCAUGUUUAUCAGAAGUUAAAAUAGGAGUUCUUGGAGAAAUGGCUUUCUUGUUACUUUUAUUACCUUAUGGAAAUUUGCCCCAGUUUCUGGCCACCAGAAUCGAUGAAAGGACCACUGUUCCUUUUCAAGGGUAAUGAUUCCUGUUUUGUCCCCUUGGUUUUGAUGAAGUAAGUCACUGACACUUUCCCUCCUCCCCUGGCCAAGACCCUAUUUUGAACUUCUUUCCAGAGCUGAGUGGCACAAGUACAUACACUAUUUCUGCUGAUGGUGAUGGUGUGGCUGUGGGAGAAUUAGAGAAAAUCCUCAUGAGAGGUACAUUCUUACAGGACCUCAGUAUACAUUGUACCCCUGCUGGUCGAAAAUUAUCUUCAUUUCUGGUUGGACUGCAUUGUUUAGAAAAAUGUUAAUGGUUUAUAAUUCUAGGAAAUUUAUAGUGUGACUCUGGGGUAAAUUUUGUGGUUUGGAAAAAAAUAAAUAUUUUGUAUUGAUUCUAACAUGUCAUUUCAACGUGGUGACGAUGUACUAAAUGCAAUAAGACUGUGGAUAUUCUCUUAGAAGGGUAUGUUUUGUUAAACAGAUGGCAAUUUAAUUGCUCUCAUUAGCCCUGUUUGUCAAUAUUACAACCAUGCAAUUCAGGAGAAAUUAUUCAACUGUGAAGUUGUGGGGAGCUAUGGCUGGAAACAGGAAUGCUUAUGAAUAAAUAGGAGGUCAGAUGCAGGCAAGAGGCUCUUGCCACCCACCAGCACAGCCAGAGCAAGGAUGAAGCAAUGAAGUCUAGUCCCUGGUGGUGCUUAUUUGUUGGAAAGCAUGGUGGAGCUUAGAACGGUGUUCUGUACACCAGCUCUUUUAUCAAUCCGAGAAAAACAAAAUGGUAGAUGAAACUCUUAUUGAUUGGGGAUUAAAGCCACUGACUUCGGCUCUGACCUUUAACUCUUGAUGGAUUUGGAUUCACUCAUUCUGUAGUAGGGUGUAUACCAUCACUCGAAAACAUUGUGGUUAAUGAAAUAAAUCUUGUACAGAUGUCCUUGGCUUGUUAUGUUGAUACUUGGUUCACUGGAACUUUGUUAUAAUACAGAACAUAUGAUUUUGCUUACAGUAUAUUCAUAAUGCCUCCUAGAUAAUGACCACAUUCAGCACAUUGUUCUGUCAGCUAGUUAAUCAGCUAGCAGGGUGAGUGUCCAUCUUGACCUUUGUACCAGUGAUAAAAAAAAAAACGGUGUGUGUGUGUGUGCAUUUAAUUAUAUACAUUUAGUUACCUAGUCUGUGUACGUAUGUGGUACCCAUACAUAUGUACAUAUGUAUGUCGUUUUUCUUCGUUAAACACUGGCACAUUGUGGACCCUUACAAAAAGCUUCUGACUUGUGGUUUUUUGCAUUGAUGAUAUCACGCUUUUAAAAAAUAACCCUUUGUGGUUUCUUGCUAUGAAAUUAAUAUUAUCCCCUAGGUUUUUUGAAAUCUCACUUUAUAAUUUUAGUUCUCUCGCUUUCUCUUUUCAAGUGUCCUUCCUACUGUGUUCUCAGAAUGCCAGUUUUCAUCCUUCUCUUUUUUAAAACCUAAGCUGUGUUGUACUGGUACCUUCUUUUUGAUUACCGCACACAGCAGGAUUCCAUGACUGUCUUUUCUUUUUCUCUGCAUUGACAUCAGCUGACAGUUUCCUCCUUCAGCUUUUUCUUUGUUUCAGCCACAUAGGGAGUUAUUUAAGUCUUCUCCCUUCUCUUAGCAGAUUUCUUCUUCUUUUUUUACUGAGCAUAAAACUUUUCUACUAGAGUCAGUUCUUUGUGUGUGUUGAUGUGUGUUUAAUUUAUUUCUUCUAUUGGCUUAUGUCUUCAGAUUUAAAAUUUAAAACAUUUUGGAUUUCAAAGAACCUGGUUUGGUAGAAGGAAUAUGAUACAGAUGAUCUGAGAGCAACAGUCUCUCUUAGCUUAACUGAGUUGUGUGUUCUUGGGUAAGGUUAUUUUUCUCAACUUUAGUCUCCCCAUAUUAAACCCUUUUUCCUCCCCAGAUUACUCAUGAUAGAGCCUCUGCCUCGGGUAAUGAGUUUCAUUGGCCAGAAGGAAAGAACAAUUCUAAACUUCUUAAUUAUGCACCUCAAGUGACUAAUAAUAUGCCUCAAAACCUAUAUUAAAAAAAUGGCCACAACUACAAAGAGAAAUAGGUUAAUCUACCAAUAGAAUGGGCAUUUUAAACAUACCUCCCUGAUUAAUCAUGAAGAAGACAAAAUGAUGAUGAUGAAGGGCAUGAAGAUUUAAAUAGCACAACUAAUAAAUUAGACCUGAUGGAGAUACAUAAAACCCCCCUGCACCUUCCAAUAAGGAAAUAAACAUUUUUUGCAAACCAAAUCUAAAUUGUAUUUAACGUACAAGGAAUGAUGACCAAAUUGGAUUUAUCCCAGGCAGCAAAUUGGUUAAUAUUAGAAAAUCAAUCAGUGCGACUCAUCUGUUAACGGACUAAAAUAUGAUCAGAUUGUCUGUGAAGAUCCAAAGAGUCUACAAGGCAAAAUAAAAGACAUAAGAGUUUACCGAUACAAAAUCAAUAUGCAGAUGUCAAUUACAUUUCCAUGCAUCCAGCUACAAGCUGUAAUGUCUUAAAAAUUUAAAUGUAAUUAAAUAAAAUUUACAGUAGGAACAAUAUAAAGUAUAUAAGAAUAAAUCUUAAGAGCUGCGUAAGCCUUUUAAUGAGAAAAUGAUGAUUUAAAAAAUACCCAACACCUUUAUUGACCUAGAUAAAUGGAGAGACUGUGAUGGAGAAGAUCAUCUCGGUCUCACCUCUUUGUCCAAAUUGGUUAAUGAAUUAACGCAAUUCCAACAAAAAGUCCCAGUGGUUUUCACUGUGGUACUUGACAAGCUGAUCCCAAAAUGUAAAUGGAAGCUCAAAGGGCCAAGGAUAUUCAAAAUAUUUGUUAAAAAAGAAUGAAGUGUGAGGGGAACUGGCAUGGCCAGAUUUUAAAACUUACCCAAAAUGAAGAAAACAGAACCAUCACUCAGACAUCUAAAGAAGCAGCAUCAAAAAACUUAGCUGUGAAAUGUAGUGAUGAAGACAGUGGAAUUGGUACAGAGAUUACGAGUAGAUGAAGAGACAAGGAUGGAUUGCUCAGAAACUGACCCAGCUAGUACGAGAACUUAAUGGUUAAAAGGGCAGUCAGGGCAGACCUUGGGGAGGAGGAUGGAUUAUUUAAUAAACGGGGCUUCAGUAAUUUUUCACAAAGGGAAAAAAGUGAAUUGGACCUUGCCUUGCAUCAGGCACAAAAAGCAAUCCCAGGUGGAUUAACGUUUCACACAGGAAAGUUAAAACUAUAAAACUUCUAGAAGACAAUAUAGAAGAAUAUUUCUAUGACUGUGGGGAAGGGAAGGAUUUUGUAAACAAAGGAGGAGGUGCAAACCAUUGAAAGAUGAAUAAUUUGACUACACUGAUAGUGCUUUUGUUUACCGAACAUUCCACAGGGAAAAAAUAAGCUCAAAGUGGAAUACAUUACAGAUAUUCACAAUAUAUCCAACUUGUUAAAUAGCUAUCUACAUGCAAAUCCGUAACAAAAGGGAGAAAUGAGCAAAGAUGCAAGCAUUUCACAGAAGAAGGACCAGAAAUGACCCAUAAACCUGAAAAGAUGUGUAACUUGAUUAGUCAUCAGGAAAGGAGCCCAUAAAUAUCAUUUUCUGGCCACCAAAUUGGCAGCCACUAAAAAAUGCGAAAAUACCAACAAUUGGAGAAAUUAUGACAGCAGGGUCUUUUUCUCCUGCUGAUGUUGGCGUGUAAGACAGUACUACCACUUUGGAAAACAGUAUUGUGUAGUUAAGCUGACCACGGAUACAUCUUGCAGGCAACGAUUUUAUGCUCAGAGAAACUCCUGUGUGGGUGUGUACACCCAGGAAACCCACAAGAAUGGUCGCAACAGCGUUGUUUAUAAUAAGGAAGAAAGCCAAAUAAAUGCCCAUCCACAGUAUAAUGAAUAAGUGAAGUCUACGUGUGCAAUGGAAUUCUGGUGAGCAGUGAGUGUAGUGUAGAGCUUUGCACAUCAUGGGUGAAUCUCAGAAACCAUGUUGAGUUAAUGAUUAAAGUCAGAAUGAUUCAUGAGUAGAUUAACAACAUCUAAGAUCAAGGCUUCCUUAGAGAUGGGGUGGAAGGAAAGAGGAGCACAGGCUUAUAAGCCCUUGAUAAUAGGAACAUUUUGACCGUUGUAAAUAUGUCAGUUCUUGAGUUAAUAUGUAUAUUCAGUGCAAAGUCAAUCCCAAUGCCAAAGAGUAUUUAUUUUUAAUACAAAUUAAAAAUUCAUAUGGAAGUAUAACAGAUGAAAAUAGGGGGAUCUUCACUGAAAGGGGAGAAAAAAAACUUGCUGUACCAAAAAAAUUUUUUUCCCUUUAAAGUGCAAUUAAAUUUUUACACUCAUAAAAAUAGACAAUUCAAUGGAAAAUAGGUUUAAAAUAGACUCAAAUGCUUUUAAGAAUAUUUAGAGUACAUGAAAGGUGGCUUUUUGAAAUAAUUCCAGCCUUGAUGGAUUAUUCAAUAAAAGGUGCUGGUUUAGAGAAAAUUAAAUUUAUUCCCAUCAGACCAUUCACCAAAAGAAAUUCCAGUUGGACUAAAAAAUUUAAGAGUAAGUUAUAGAAUAAGACAAUAUAGUUACUAUUUGGGGGGAUUGGAGAAGUUUGUUGUAAGGACGUAAGCAAUGGCAUGAAACAUCCAAACCAGUCGCCCGAGUGUGUAGAGCACCACCCCAGCAUGUGUAUAUAGACUGUAUAUUUUUAAAUUAAUGUUUACGUACUGUACCAAUACACAUAAGGAAAAAAAAUAGAGGUGAAAAUGUUCAAAGUAUCUUUUGUGUGUAUGGAAAAAAAAAACCUUUGCUCUUUCUAAAAAUUUUUUUUUCUUUAAGUGAGAGCUAUACAAUUAAAAAUGCUUCAUUAUUUUUGAAACUUCUAGUUUUAACAUUUUGUGAUAAAAAUUACUUAAUUUCUGGUUCUAAGGUAAGUUUAUUUUAAUGCUGGGUUUUAAUGACUAUUGUAGCUAAAAAAAGCCACUUCAUUAAGAUCUGUGGAUCCAAAUGACUGUGCUUACUGAGAAACAAUGCUCAUUUUCAACUCCAUCUACUAGUCUUCAAAAGUGUUUGUUGAAAUCUUUAUAAUAAAUUUCCAUCUUUGUCACUGUCA